AUUAGGAACAAAAUUGAGACCAACUCCUUUCACAUAGGCCACCGAGUAGCCAAAAGAGGAUAAAAACUUGUGGUCCCUAGUGGCCGGUUCUGGAUUUAAAUCAGUGACCCAAGAUGAAGAGCUCCGCCAAUCACCGGAGCCAUGUAGUUGUCCGAGGAUGACUGUGUUAUGCCCCAAGUUGUAUUUUCACCUCGGUUUCUGAUUUACUGUACAUUGGACAUACAGUUAUAUUCCAUCUCUUUUGAACUGUGAAUGAAUAUUGUACCAUGCGUACUUUAUAGGCUUCUUGUAGAAGUUCAGUUGCUGCUGAUUUAGAAUUUCUGAGGCUCCAUCAGAAAAACUAAAAAAAGAAGAGGAAAAAAGAAAACCCCAAACAUCAAUACCAAGAAUAUGAAACCAAACCUCUAAAGCUUCCUGGUUGUGAAGCAAAAGAAGGCGCGUGUGUUUCAGCCACGCUGCCGGCAGGUGGACUCUGAAAGAUCUUAUAGACCUCGCACUUCCUGUGGAGGCAGCCAGAAGAACAAAGCCAGUGGAGGUGCCUUUUCUCCUCACCAUCCCACUAUCUGUUAACUUGCGGCCUCCAGCCCCCAGUGCAAUCCGGGGGGAGCAAGAUGAAGUGGAAGGGGAUUGUUAUCUCUGCUGUCCUGCAGGCACAGCUCCCAAUUACAGAUGCUGCACCGGUUCCAGGACUGACAGACCCAAGACUGUGCUACAUACUGGAUGGGAUCCUCUUCAUCUAUGCAGUCAUCAUUACGGCCCUCUUUUUGAAAGCUAAGUUCAGCAAAGCCCCUGAAUCCCCGGCACUGCAGGGCCAGAAUGACGUGUAUAAUAAAUUGUCUCGUACAACCAGAGAUGAAUAUGAUGUUCUGGGAACUAAAAAGAGAGGCUCUGACCUUGAAAUGGGAGGGAGAAAUCAGAGAAGAAAGAAGUCCUCUCAGGACACAGUUUACACUUCUUUGCAGAAGGACAAGAUGGGCGAGGCAUACAGUGAAAUUGGGAAGAAGGGAGAGCACCAGAGGCGGCGAGGCAAAGGGAAUGAUGCUGUCUACCAGGGACUCAGCUCCGCAACCAAGGACACAUAUGAUGCCCUCCAGAUGCAGCCAUUGCCCCCUCACUAAGUGGCAUUCGUGCAGUGGACAGGCAAGACUGAGACAAGUCCAGAUGCUUUGGGCGAGGAGAGAAGGGAAACAAUCAUCAAUCCAAAAAAGGCCAUUCAGUCAACACCCAUUUUUUCAGGACUGCAAAUUAUAUAUGCGUGGUUCAUUGCACAAAGUAGGACAAAUCUGGAUUUAGUUCCCCUCCUCCCUUCCCCCCUUCAAAACUAUACAAUCUCAAGCUUUAGCUUUUAAAUGUACAUAUCUGUAAAACUAUUCCUAAUGAUAGUGGCUGUUUUGUACCAGCAAGUGUUGGGCAGGAGACUAGGACGUUGGGUUCUCUUCCUCCUCCUCACUGAGCUGGUUUCUUUGGCUAUUUAAAAUCCCCCCAAAACUACACCCUAUUUACCCACCUCACAGGUGGUUGACAUUUAAUUACUGGCUAAAGCACUUUUAAGGUCCUUAUAAGGAAGGUGCUAUAGCUACCCCCAGUAUUAUCUACAGGAAGACUAAUCUGCAUCAGCAUAACUAUGGCAGUCUCACUCCAAUAUUUUUCUGCUGUAAAUUUAGCUUUAUUUCUAAGUUGGUUUUAGCUGUGGAGAGCUGUUCUUACUGUAAAUGACGACAUGUUUCUAGAGUGAAAGACAAAAGCUAAAAGCAGGCUCUACCUUGACAGUGUGAGGAGGAUUCAGUGCUAGGCUGCAACAAGAGAUCAAGAAAACAACAUCCCAGUGUGACCAGCUCUUGCAGCACAUGGACGGCAUCCAGAAAUGCUAAUGGAAAUAUAUGAAAGCUAGGACACCUUUACCAGCGAGGUUCCAUGGUAAAAACAGGAGUGGUGCAGCAUACAGAUUAUGCUCGAGAACACUGGGAAAGUUGGGAUUUAAUUAAAAAGGCAAGUUUUUUAAUCGACAAUCCAAAACUUGACUUCUCUCUUCCCUCACUGUUGCUCAAGCCACACAAUUUAAGGGAUAUUCCUUCCCCACUUAAAAUACAGCACCGAAGUAUGUUCCUGUUAGC